CAGUGAGCAAGAUGGAGAGGCGCAGAGUCGUCCACACUCGCGAUGAUUCAGGAAAUUCCUAGUGUCCUGCCCAUACUUUAGACCGACGCAGUGUGUCUCGCGGUGGAUGAGUGCGGAGAUGUAGUAGUGUCGGCAGGAAGUUAUGAUUGAGGAAAGAUUUUGCAUGAUAAUGUCCAGUUCGUGCCAUAUGUAACUGUUGUUGUGUACCCAGAGGUGGAGUUGUGCGUUCGUGUCAACAGUGUUAAAGUUGACAGUCGUGUGUGCCAUUUGGUGUGCCGGGUGGACCAAACUUGGAGACGAGUGGCGGCCGACGUUGCGUGUGCGGCAGUGUCCUGGUGAGAUGCGUGGCCCAGCGGCCAGUCGGUAGUGGUGGGCAUAACCAGCUCACUGACAAAUAGCUACUGGAGCCACGUCUGGCCAGCUCAGCGGCCUGAGCGCACCACGGACCCAAGCCUCACUCUCAACCCAUGUGCGAGGAACCCUAUCCCGAGCUGCCCUAUGAUCCAAGGUGGCUGCCACACGCUCCGCAGGGGCAGCCGACCCGACACCGCCCGUAAGGAUGGCAACUCUAGGGCUCUCCAAAGUCUUCAUUCUCGAUAAGUACUUUACGGAGCUCCAAAAAUUCUGGGAAACGGAAAAGAAACUUCAAGAUGCGUGUGGGACGAGCGAGGCGGCGCAGUUGGAGCAGCGGUUGAGAUCUCUUGGGUGUGAGCUGGUAACACUGCGGUCAAGACUCCCGCCCGCACUCCACCACUCCCGCCCAACCACGCCCCCGACUCCCAUCACCAACACCACCACCUCCGCCAACUCUUCCUACCACAACACCAACAACAACAACGCCGCCACCUCUUCCUCCAACAAUACGAACUCUGCGUCCGGCACCACCACGAUCAACACCACCUCCUCCACCACCGCCACUAAUAACAACAAGAACGCCCAGACGCACAACGGCGCCCCUCUGCUGCCGCCCAACUUCCCUGUAGGGAACGGCACGCCCGCGUCAGCCAACUCCGAGAGUCGCAUCACGCCCAACAGCUCCGCCUUGGCUGACGGUCUCAACUCCUCACAGUCCUUUCUUGCGGAUGGUAGCUGCGUCAAGGGCGGCAUGACUGGUGGAGUACAGGAGGUGGAGGACCUUAUCCACCUGGCAGGACCCCUCACGGAGGAUGCUGUCCUCAAAACCCUACACGCCAGGUUCUGCUCAUCACAUUAUUUUACCAACGUGGGUCCAAUCUUGUUGUCGGUGAACCCUUAUCAUGAAGUGGGUAACGCCCUCACCCUCACGUCGACGAGGGCGGCGGUGCAGAGCCCUCACCUCCUACGAGUCGUCCACGAGGCCGUUCGCCAACAGAGCGAGACCGGCUACCCACAGGCCAUCAUCCUCUCAGGUGCUUCCGGGUCGGGCAAGACCUACACGUCGAUGCUGUUGUUGCGGCAGCUGUUCGACGUGGCGGGCGGCGGGCCCGAGACGGAUGCCUUCAAGCACUUGGCAGCAGCUUUCACAGUGCUUCGUUCUCUCGGCUCCGCAAAGACCAGGUCCAACUCGGAAUCUAGUCGUAUUGGUCAUUUCAUAGAGGUGCAGGUGACAGAUGGGGCGCUUUACAGGACCAAGAUCCACUGUUACUUCCUGGACCAGACACGGGUGGUGCGGCCGCUGCCUGACGAGAAGAACUACCACAUAUUUUACCAGAUGUUGGCAGGACUCACGCAGGAGGAGCGAGCCAAGUUACACCUGGAAGGACACAGUGUGAGGACACUACGGUACCUGAGUGAGGGGGACGUGCGGCAGGACGAGGCUGAGGACGCCCGCAGGUGUGCCCUCAGGUUCGAGUCGUGGAAGGCCUGCCUGGGCGUGCUGGGGAUCCCCUUCCUGGAUGUGGUGCGGGUCCUGGCAGCUGUCCUCCUGCUGGGUAACGUCACCUUCAUCGAGGGCCAGGGACUCGAGGUCGAUAUCCAGGGUGGCAGUCAUGAGCUCAAGAGUGUGGCGGCGCUGCUGGGGGUAUCGUCGGCGGCGCUGUACCGAGGCCUAACCACCCGCACACACAAUGUUCGUGGCCAGCUCGUCAAGUCCAUGUGUGACGCCAACAUGUCGAACAUGACCCGGGACGCCCUGGCUAAGGCCCUCUACUGCCGGACCGUCGCCACCAUCGUCCGCCGUGCCAACUCCCUCAAACGGCUUGGCUCUACCUCAGGCACCCUCUCCUCCGACAGCAACGAGAGCGUGCACCACCAGGCCGAGGUGGCGUCCCAGCACGCGUCCACGGUAGGCACGGCUGGCUCCAAGGCCUCCAAGUCCAUGAGCGUCCUUAACAACGCAGUCAAGCACGCCACGGACGGCUUUAUCGGCAUCCUCGACAUGUUUGGCUUCGAGGAUCCUAAGCCGUCCCACCUGGAACACCUGUGCAUCAACCUGUGUGCUGAGACGAUGCAACACUUCUACAACACUCACAUCUUCAAGUCAUCUAUCGAGUCAUGUCGAGAGGAGGGUAUUACCUGCGAGGUCGAAGUCGAUUAUGUCGACAACGUGCCAUGUAUUGAUCUCAUAUCGUCCUUGCGCACGGGUUUACUGAGUAUGCUGGACGUGGAGGGGUCGGUGAGAGGCACCCCUGAGAGCUACAUCCAGAAGGUCAAAGUCCAACACAAAGGCAAUAUGAGAUUAUUCGAGCCUAAGGCCAACCACAUCAGAUCGUUUGGCAUCCACCACUUCGCCAGUAGAGUCAUCUAUGAUGCUUCAGACUUCCUCGAUACCAACCGAGACAUCAUCAGCGACGACCUGGUGUGCGUCUUUCACAAGCAAUCGUGUAACUUCGGCUUCGCGACGCAUCUUUUCGGGUCAGAGUUGAAGGCUCUCUUUUCUCAAGACCCGGUGCCCAGGGGCGUCUCCUUCCGCAUCAGCCCCACCUCGCAUACAGAUCUACAAAAUGGUGACGAACCGGUGUCGACGUUGACGCAGGACUUCCAUACCCGCCUGGACAACCUGCUGAGGACGCUGGUACACGCUAAGCCCCACUUUAUCCGCUGUUUACGCUCCAACUGCUCAGAGAAGGCCGCUAUGUUCGAUCGUGCUACUGUCAUCAAGCAGAUCCGCGCACUCCAGGUGUUGGAGACAGUCAACUUGAUGGCAGGAGGUUAUCCUCACCGCAUGCGAUUUAAGACUUUCAACAUACGCUAUCGGUUACUGGUGCCCUUCAAGAAGCUGCGUCGCAUCGAGGAUAAGACAGUGGACGACUGCAAGCUCAUCCUCGAGUACUUUCUGAGAUCACUGGAGGACAUAAACAAGUCCUCCACAGUGGCCAUCCAGUGGGCGCUCGGCAAACGACAUAUAUUUCUCAGUGAGGGAGCGAGACAGCAGCUGGAGAUGUUACGGAUAGAGAUGAGACACCGGGCAGCGACCCUCUUGCAGUCUGUGUGGCGUGGCUGGCAUUUCAGACGGAGGUGGCCCACGCUCAAGAGGAACCUUGAACUCAGAGCUCGCUCACGCACUGUUCGCCCACGCCCACAACCCAUAGCAGGAACCCCCCCGCCCGACGUGAUGGACCGAUGUGACCAGAAGACCAUCCAACAGACCUGUUCGUUAUUUGGUCUGGACCUGGAGAGGCCGCCGCCGGUACCCCCCAGUAGGUCGUACACCAUCAGCGGGAACCACAAGAUGGGUUACCCCCAGACACGGGUCAUGAAGAGGAACUUCCCUGAGGAAGGUGGGAGCGACACGGUACUACUGAAGGGGGAGUCAGUGGUGGUAGUGGGCGCCUCCCCCCGGCGAGGUCACCUCCUCGUCGAUCAUCAGGGCCACUCCUUCCACGUUCCAUUCCAGUACAUGGAGCUCAAACCUUCAGCUCAGCCGGGAGUCAACAUAUAAAGUCUCCGUCAACAAGUCAUGUGUCGCUUAAGGUGGAAAGCCUCGGCGGAGAGGUGAAAAUCGUGCGACAAAAGCGGAGACGUCUCGCUGAGCUCUAACGAUGUUUUGUCAUCUUUAGACAGAAGUCACAGCAGUGGCCGAACGUCUUGGGGAGGCUCGAAGCAACUCACUGUGAUCAGCAGGGCUAUGACACACCACUCUCAAGUCGUCACCUAUAAGUUGGUGAGACGAGGACUCACAGAGCCGUGAGUGGUGUGGCACUCGGUGUACGCGGGAUAUCACAACAAAUCAGAAGCUUAUGUUGACGCUCAUCAGUGCGCAAAGUGAACUAAUCUCUGUUUAUAUGUGUUAGAUAAAGACUUGUGCGAAAUAGAUGAAUUAACGCAAUGUGAUGUUAUUCAGAGAAUGGCGGAACCAGUCCUCCCCCUCCCGCCCCCGGACCAGUGGUGCCGCCCCCCUCCCCUCUACUACCAGCGUCCACGACCACCGUAUGUGUGUCCUAUUAGCAGUGUAUAACUGAGUAAGGAUUCCUGUAAAUAUAUAUUUGUAUGUGCCAAUAUUGUUAGGUAUUUUUAUAAGUUUAUUGAUAUACCUCGUUACUUAUGUAUGUCGUCGAAUAUUGUAAAAAGUAAGAAAUUUGUUACUACAUCUUUUACAGAUUCUAAGAGUAAGUGACAUUGAUGAUAAACGCAUUUCGACCCCUUAAAGUUGGUGCUACAAGCUUUUAGAACCCGUGUCGUGUGCUCUCUCUGGCUUGUAAGUCUUCAUCCUUCCCGACCCUUCUUGUUAGUCUCUCGAAGUACUCCACAGUAUUAUCAUCUUAUGUUAACCCCGUAAUGUGAGGCUUGAAUGCCACCACUCCCUUGCAUCUCUUUAUCAUCCCAUCAACUAUGUCUGUCUGUCUGUCUGUCAUCGUUGCCGAGUGCUUUAUCCUCUCUCUCUCUCUCUCUCUCUCUCUCACUAACUUCCAAUACCUUUGCAACUUCGUCAUUUGUUUCACUCAAAUUAUCAUAUUUAUUCCAUUCACUUGUUUCAUCCUAAUUAUUAUAUUUUACUACAUUUCCUGUUUCAUACCAGUUAAUACAUUUUCUUCAUUCACUUGUUUCAUCCAUCACCUCACAGUCACCCAUUUCAACCCGUUACUCAGCUUCUAAUCUAUUCCAUCUCUAUUUACUCCCAACCCUUUAGUUUCACCCUAAGUAAAUUGUUUCACUCACACCUUGCAUUUCACUGUCACCCUUUCGCAGUUUUUUUUUUUUUGCCUUUUCAUCCCUUUUUUUCUUCUCGUGUCCAAUUUACUCUUGUUUACAUUCCCUGUUCCCCGUUUCACAUCAAUCGCUCGUUUCAUCUCGACCUUGUGUCUCGUUUACCCCCAACACCACUUCCCACGUUGCAUCUAGUUCACCUUUCACAUAUAUCAUCUCUCUUUCUCUCUCUCUCUCUCUCUCACUCUCUCUCCUUACACUCAACCAUUCCCCCAAGUCCCUCCUGCUAAGAUAACCUUCCCAACCAGUGGCCAUAAUCAGGCGAGGAUGUGCUCAAGGUGUACAUACCGGUGUGUGUAUAUAGUGUUGUACAGUUUUGUGGUUCGUGUUUACUAAUACUCAGCAUACUCUUGUGUCGUGUGUACAAUAAUAUCUUGCGUGUAAGUUAGCGUUGACAGUGUUAAAAAAAUGUCACACUUAAGUAGGAACAACACUCGCGUGAAGUAAGCAAAUCAAGCACACUCUCUCUCUCUCUCUCUAUCUCUCUCUAUCUCUCUUUUUCUUCAUCUCUAUCUCUCUCUCUCUCUGAAGAAUGCUCCGCCAUGCUUCAAGACACACACUUGCUCCCGAUACCAACAGCCAGUCAGGUGCAAAAACAUAAACAAAAAUACGUCACUGGCUCUGUAUGUGUAUUCAGGAUAAAAAUAUAAAACAAAAAAGUUAUAAAAAAAAUAUCAGAUUUAAAAAAAAAAAAGAAUAAUAGGAGGAUACUUAUGAAUUUAUGGAAGCAUUUAUGUUAAGCGUCAUUGGUUGAGACAUGUGCCAAAUAAGCUUAGAAAACUUAUUUCAUCCUCCUCCUCCUCCUCCU